GCAGAGCGUAUGGGUAUUUGGGUAAGGUAAGACCUUUUUUUUUUCUUUUACGAUUUCCCGACGCCGACAGUCUAUAAGUGAGAUACGGCGAGACUGUACUCCGUUGGUAUCACGAGAGGGAAGAAAGAUGGAAUAGAGAGAGGAUGAGACGGCGGGAGGGAAUUAGUACACAGGAUGGAAGAGGGAUUCAAAACAGGCAACCAGUCACCCAAUCAGCAACGCGUCAUAAGAGUAGAGGAAGGCAGAGAGAAGAAGAGAAGAUUCUCUCGACGAUUCGGGAUUCGCUGCCGUGUAAAAGACAGUCCGUCCCACGAAGCCACGGUUUGGGAGGAUCGGACACGAUAUUGCGCCGGCUGUCCGUCUGGAGCUGGCCUUGUGGAGCUGGGAUUGAACGUCGUCGCUUCCGGGAUGUUUUUCCAGCUCCGAUAGGCUCACAUGGUGCACUAGGCCGGAUUAGGGAUGAAGCCGUGGGGACGAGGUCGCUGCGAGAUAUCUCCGGAGAAAAAAAAGACGGCCGGGAUGCCGAAUCCUACAUGCUGAAUUGCGGGAUCAGGAUGCCAUGGAACGAUGCCUGCAGAAGUGGCGCGCUUUUAAGAGUGGGCGUCUGUCUUACAGGGCAUCCAUCGCAGUAGCAUUUGAUUAAAGGAAUAUGCAGGAGGGGACUUGUCAGAUGGACACUAACAAAACUCAAAUGUUAAGCUUAGACAGCGGAGGCAGUUACCAAGAUACUACUGCUGCCGAGAAAUCAUGUCAUAUCACAUCACGG